GCUUGAAUGGUUAAGAUACACACAUCAAGAUUUAUUUAUAGCCAUACAAUUAAUUGCCAUGCAUAAUGAAAUGCAAAGGAUUAAGCUAGCAUUUUUUUUGCUAAAUGUCGAAUAUUUAUUGGUACGUUCAAAUGCUAGGGAACAAGACAAAGUUGGCGAUAUACACGUCACCAAUCACACUCAUUAACAGUUCGUGUGUUUACGAUAAAAAAUACACUUAAACUAAUUGCCAACACCUUCAGAUAAAUAGCGGAAAAGGCAUUAAAUUCGGCUCAGUUAUGCGAGUCGAAUCUCAACGUUCACCUCAAAGAGCCGAAUCAAAGAGCCGAUUCAAAGAGUCGAUACGUUCGCAAACGACGCUUCACCUCAGUAGCCAAUAUGGCGACGCUCAUGCGGUGCACGAGAAGUGUGUGUACGAUUCUAGAACCAGCUCUGAAUUUAAGAAUUAGUAACAGAUAUGUGCGCAGCGUGAGGCGCCGACCACCUGCAACUUCUUCUCCUGAAGAGGACUCCAUAAACCUGAAGUCAGGAGUGAAAAACGAGCAGAUUGAAGGCGCAGAGAGACUCGAACAUGCAUGUUGUCCUUCAACACUGGAGUCCAUGUCGGAUGGGAACCUCAGAGAUGCGUGUCAGAAACACAGAGACAAAACGAGGAAAGUGUCCGAGUCACAUCGUGAAAAAACCACGAGCAAACGGCCAAGUCCUGCUUUGAUUUCCAAACUCCAGUCUUUCCACCAAAUGGGAAGUUUGCGUUAUGAGAAGGCGCAGCCUGAUGACAAGAAAGUGUCGCGUUUAAUACACUUGGCUCGUUCGAAGAAGCUUCGUGAGCAGCAAGGCAAAAUCCUCCUGGAAGGAAGACGUCUGAUUUCUGAGGCGCUGGAAGCAGGGGCUUCACCGCUCACCGUCUUCUUCAGUGUGCUGGAAAGACUUCAGGAGCUUCCUGUAAACAAACUCGCACAAGCCAGCUUAGUCAAGGUCAAGCUGGAGGACGUCCGAAUCUGGCCAGAUCUCAAGGCCGAAGUCGACAUGAUAGCGGUCUUCAAGCGUCCAGAAGCGUCCCAGAUGCUGUUCUCUGAGGAGAAAUGUGGGAAGCCGUUGCCUUUGACGCUUAUCUGCGAUAAUUUGCGGGAUCCGGGGAACCUGGGUGUGACGUUGCGCUGUGCCGCCGCCGCAGGAUGCCACAGUGUGCUGCUCACUACAGGUUGUGUGGAUGUCUGGGAGCCCAAGGUUCUCCGUGCCGCCCUGGGCGCCCACUUUCGCCUUCCCAUAAUCCCAAGUCUGUCCUGGUCCGAUAUCCAGACUCGCCUUCCUCCCAACACGACUGUCCACGUAGCUGACAACUCCACUGGCUCCGAGACCGAACUGGAACUUGCAGGAGCACCUCAGCAGGCAAAAAAAGCCGGAGACUACGGAUGGACGAGUAGCCGGAACAUCUCCAGGAAAACUUAUUAUGAAGAUGAGUAUGAAGAGGAUGAAGUUGGCGUAGCUAGGCAGGAGACAGGCCCGGUUUUAGAGACCCAGCCUUAUCAUACGAGUUGGACCGGCAGCCAUACGGCCGUGGUGAUUGGUGGAGAGACUCACGGUUUGAGCCAGGAAGCCUUGCGGUUGGCUGAGGAGACGAGGGGGCGGAGAUUAUUGAUCCCCAUGGUCCGAGGAGUGGACAGUCUGAAUGCGGCCAUGGCUGCGAGCGUGCUGCUGUUUGAGGGAAGGAGACAGCUGAGGGAGAGCUGAAAGGACACGAUUAACAUGGACAGAAAAGAAAAUGUGACCGAUUCGAAUUCUCGGACAAUGCUUACACAAACAUCGUCGUCCUGAUGUGUUAGCGUUUCUAUAGUAACAGCUGCUUCACAAGGACUUGCAUGGAAAACAUGACAGGGUGAAGUUUUCUAUAAGGGGGAAUAUUUAUGCAAAGAGUCUCCAGUGUGAAUGCUGCCAUUUUUCCACUUUCAAGAGAGAAGACUUUGUGCUUUGUGCCCAGUGACUUUAAAUGGACAAAAAGUGCCGUGUAUCAUUUUAUAAUAAAUAAAAACAGUAAUUAUUUGUAUAUGAUGAAUGUAACAGGAGCUCUGUUGUGUUUUAUUCCUCAGGGGCUAGUGAAUGAAACUCAAACCUAAACCUAAAAAUCCUCUAGAAUUUAGUGUAUUUAUAAAAAUAAUAAAUAAUGAUCUAUGAUGAAUUAUUAAUUAUCUAUCCAUUCAUGUUUCCCAUGAGGAUCUUACAGACUCUUUCGGACCCCCCCCCCCCCCUUUCUUCAGUGGUUAAAUGAUGCUGAUUUGUUACGACACGGUUUGUGCGAGCUGUUAAUCUCCACCCCGUCUUUCAUCUCUCAGUUGACGCUGACGUUGAUGUUGACGUUACUCGGCACGUCACCGCAGAGCGCCAGCGUCUGUUAAUGGCAGACGAGAGACGCGGGAUCUGGGUUCAAAACUGACAUGUUAUAAAUUCUUGAAGGUUAUAGCUGUGAUAAUGCACUAUGAUGAGCUUUGAAGUAGUCGGUAUCACUGUGUGUGUGUGUUAGUUACUGAGCAUCAGGCUUCUAAACUGGUGUGUAGUUCAAGACAUUGAGAUGUUUUAUAGAAUAGAUUUGAAAUUAUCUUUAAUUUCUAAUACUUUUAAUAGAUAUAAAAAUUUAUUUUUUCAUUUUAAUUCAAUCUGAACAGAAACUAUAUUUUCCAACAUUUUUUUAAUCACACAUGAUU